CAUAGUUAUGUGAUAUUUGAAAUAGUUUUAGGUAUAAAUGAAUUGUUUAGUAUGUUUUAAUGUUCGCGUAAAAUGACCAAGUUUAAUUUAUCGGCCAGCGCGCCGGAUAUACUCGGCGAAAACGAGUCGCAGAAGAUUAUCGCCGAAGCCGAAGAUUUCGCCUUGACUGACGAUUACGACGAUGAAGAGCGGAAUAACGAGAAUGGAAGUUUUAUUAAUUUGGAAUCGAUCAAGACGCUAGUCAAUUAUUCGAACGAUACGUCUUAUUUGUCGCAGAACGAGAAAAAUUCUAGAUACCAUACGCUCAGAUCUGAAUUAAAUUCAUUCCGCAAAGCUCGACGCCGAGCGAUUUUACCAAACGGUGACUCGAACGUGAUCCAGAUACACAUCUCGGAACGACGAAGACGUUACCUGCUGGAUUUAUUCACUACUUUGGUGGACGCUCAAUGGCGAUGGACUAUUUUAGCCUUUGCGAUGAGUUUCUUCUUAAGCUGGCUGGCGUUCGCUUUGCUGUGGUGGUUGAUCGCCUACACGCACGGAGAUCUGUUGCCGGAGAACCGUAAUAACGCUUCUUGGACGCCUUGUGUUGGUAAUGCUGACUCAUUCUCGGCGAUAUUCUUGUUCAGUGUUGAGACCCAACACACUACCGGGUAUGGAUCCAGGACACCGACUGCCGAAUGUACUGAGGCGAUUUUAUUAUUGUGUAUUCAGAGUAUUAUCGGCGUCAUGAUUCAGGCUUUCAUGGUCGGUAUUGUGUUUGCAAAGAUGGCUCGACCGAAACAACGCAAACAAACCAUUUUGUUCAGCAAGAACUGCGUGAUAUGCCAAAGAGAUGGUCAGCUCUGUUUGUUGUUCAGAGUAGGCGAUAUGAGAGAAAAGUCGCAUUUAAUCAAUUCCAGCGUCCGAUCUUACAUUAUUCAUACCAAACAUACACAAGAAGGUGAAGUUUUAUCGCCUUAUCUUCACGAACUUUCAGUGCAUAUCGACGAUUAUAAAGACAACGUGUUGUUAAUUUGGCCGAUGACUAUUGUCCACGUGAUCGACGCCGAUAGCCCGUUGUACGAAAUGAGCGCAGCCGAACUGUUAUACGAGAGAUUCGAAUUGCUCGUCGUGCUCGAAGGUACCACCGAAUCUACCGGUCAGACUACUCAAGUCAGAACGUCGUAUUUGUCCAGUGAAAUUCUAUGGGGACAUAGAUUCCAGCCUUUGGUUAAAUAUAAUAAAGAAAAACUAUCCUACGAAGUGGAUUAUAAUCUGUUUCACGAUACGUAUCAAGUAGAUACGCCCUUAUGUAGCGCCGAAGAGUUGCAGCGAUAUUUGUUGAACCAAAUAAAUGCUAUUUAAAAUCAA